AUGAUAACAACAAGUGAUAUAUGGCAAACUUCUUCAUCAAAUAGUAAUACAUUAAAUCAAUCAUUUUAUUUUCCAUCAUCAUCUUUUGAUUUUAAUAAUUCAUCAAAUCCUAGUCAAUAUCAUACAAUUGAUAAUAAUAAUUAUGAUUAUCAAUCAUUACCUGAUGUUUCUUCAUCUUACUUGAUCGAUCCAUAUUCUCAUAUGUUUACAAAUAAUUAUUCAAUUGAUCCAUAUACAACUCAAACAACAUAUAAUUCAACAUCAAUGGAUUAUUCAUCGUCGGCAUAUAUUUCAACAACAACAACAACAACAGAUUCAUAUCAACAGCUUCAUCCCAUGUAUACGAAUACAAAUGUUACUGUUCCACCUGUAUCAUCAUAUAUUUCAUCAUCUAUUGAUAUUCAACCUGAUUAUCAAUCGACAACAUCACAAUGGGACUCUGCUAUGAUCAAAAUGCGUAGUCAUGAUGAUCCACGCAUCGAAAUAAAACAUUCUUGUGAAGUUCCAUUACCAAAUAUAACCAAAUCGAAUCGAAAAGAUUGUCGGGCAUGUCGUAAAGCUAAAUGUGAUCGAGUAGGAAUGACAGCUAUGCCAAAAGAUCGUGCACCACGAACAUCAACAACAACAAAAACUUCUUAUAAAAUGCCUUCAAUACCAAUUACUGAUCUUCUUGAACAACUUGGUCAUGAUCUUACUUAUGAUCAAUUAUCAACAUCAUCAGCAUUAGAAAAUAUUCUUCGUUUAAUUGAUUUACCAUCAAUAAUUCCAAUUAAUUUUGAUUAUCAUUCACUUUAUAUGAAUGCUAUUCGUAUAUGGAGAAAUCAAUAUAAUCAUUCAUCACAAAUUAUUGCUAAUGCUUCAUUAAAUGAUAUAUUUGCUGUAUUACUUUUUCUCUUUUAUGCUUUUAUAACAAUGACAGAAAAUGAUGAAGAUAAAUCAACCAAUAAUAGUAAAUUUGAUAAACUUGUUAAUAUACUUCAACAAGAAAUUUAUCGUAUAACCGGUACUGAUCAUCGAUCAGCUUGUCGUAUAAAAGCUUUAUUUAUGAAAUGCUAUGUUGCACUUGCUCAAUAUCCAAAUAGUACAAAUCUUCUUGAUAAUAAUAAUCUAUCCCAAUCACAAUUUAUAUCUUAUCAACAAUAUCCAGUUUAUGGUCAAUAA